GUAUUCCUAACACUAUAGUAUCCCUCUAACAAGUUCAAGGAAAGUUCCUUCUCUCUAUCAUAGCAAAAGAGCAUGCAAGUCCCAGAGACUCCUAUUUAAUGCUAAAGCUUUUAAAAUCUCUGCAUACUUCUAUGUUCAGCAUAAGUAACUUUUCUUAAUCGUCUCUGCUGUUCUAAUAGGAUUUGGAAUACUUGUCUGAAGGUCUAGAAGGUCGCUCAACCAAUCCUGUGGCUGUUCUCUUUGACACUCUUCUUCAUCCAAAUGCUGAUUUUGGGUAUGAUUACCCAUCUGUUCUGCAGUGGAAGCUGGAAGAAGAACACUACAUUCCUCAUAUAGUUCUCGGUAAAGGACCUCCUGGUGGAGCCUGGCACGUAAGUUACCAAUUAAGAAAAAGAAAGUAAACUAUGUAAAUAAUUGGGGCUAACUGGUUAAUGGGGGAGUAACGCCAGCUGUGCAUGAGCCUAUAAUAACCAUAUAAUCUCUACGGUAUGUGGACAACAUAAUAGAAAUGUCAAGGUCUAAACACAAUCUGUCUGCUAAUUUCCAAGACUGCAUUGUACGUAUUUCUGGAGCUUGUUUCUAAAAUCAAACAUUCUAUUGUGUGUUAUUUAGAACAUUCUGCAAAAGGAGUUAGAAAAUACAAAAUCUGGUUUAACUGGACGUUUGCUAAUAAAAUGUAUACAAUAAAUGGAGCUAAAGCUAACUUGAAGAGAAAAUUUAAGAUUUACGCAACUAUUGUAGUGUUAAAAAAAAAAAAAAAAAAAGUUUAAAUGGUGAGAAGAACUACUUUUAAUGUGUUAACACUAGUGGUACAAUAAAGACUUGCAUAUUGCUACCCCAUCAAUUGCUGUGUUUGAUUAAAUCAAUCUGUAUUGCAUAUUAUUGUUUGAGGGCAAACUAUUUGCAGAGCUUGAUUUGAAAUCUUAAGAUCCUGUGUUCAAAAAGGAAAUUUCUUCAAUUUUGUUUCUGCUAGGAUAUGGAAGGAUCCAUGUUGACACUUAGUCUCGGAGAUUGGAUGGAGUUACCAGGACUGAAAUUUAAAGACUGGGCCCUGGGUAAAAGACGGUAUGUCAUUGCUGAUUUUAGUACGGCUGUUUAACAUGAAUGACUUUAUUUUACCACUGCAAUGCCACCAUGGCAAGACAUUUUAACAUAAACAAAGAAACCAUACUUUGAAAACCAGGUGUUGGUUUCAUAGUAGAAUACUACAUAUUUCCCCCCCUCCAACUUUGAUAAACCUUGCCAUUUGAAUGCUGCUUCUAAAAUGUUAUACUCCUUUGCUUGCUAGUAAAUAUUGUUACUGGAAUGUCCGACUGUCCCUUUUUUAUAGAUCUUCAUUAUGCCACAUUUUUUUCCCUGUGAAUUCAGAUAUCACAAGACAUUUGUUGCGACUGAUUUAUAAGCUAGAAUUUUGACAAUAAUUUUUUUCUUGUUCUGCCCCCACAGGAAUUUAAAGACCGAUCGAGCCACCCCUGCUGAAGUAGCUUCUUAUUACAAACAUUACAUUAAAAUAAUGGGUCUCCAAAGAAAUUUUAUUGACAACACUUACAUUACCUCGGUAGUAAAACCUUACAGAGAGCAAGAGGAAUCUACAAGUCAAGGAAAUGGAGUGGUGGUUGCCUCUGAGGAACCUCAGAUCAGAGAAGGAAAUGAUGAGCCAGUGCUAAAGAAAAACUGGGAAAUUCAAGGCUACACCAGAGCAGCUGAUGGGUCUCACCAGCCCUUUUGUCUUUUUGCGGAGGCAAUAGCUCUUGCGACAGGAACUUUUGAUUCGCCAGCUCGACUUGGAGUGAGUGGUGAAGAUCUGCCUUACGUUUCACACUGUAUUGCUGAAUUCGAGGCUGCUGUUAACAAAGGAAAAUUAAGUGGAUCAGUCGACCCAGUUUUGAUAGUGGGUGCUGGGCUCACAGCAGCUGAUGCAAUUCUUUGUGCUUCUAACCAUAACAUUCCGAUAAUACAUGCUUUUCGUAGAAGAGUUACUGAUCCAAGUUUAAUUUUUAAGCAGUUGCCAAAGAAGCUGUAUCCUGAGUACCACAAGGUAUAUCAUAUGAUGUGCAUGCAGUCUCAUACCACAGCCUCCAACUUGCACGCUUCUUAUACCGGCUUUCCCGAGCAUUGUGUACUUUCGUUUAAGCCAGAUAUGAAGUGUGUCCUUCAAGGUACCGGUGGAUUAAAAAAAGUCUUAAAAAUAUCCAUGGCUCUAGUUUUAAUAGGGUCUCAUCCUAAUCUAUCCUUCCUAAAAGAGCAAGGUAGAGGUUUGGGUCAUCACCCUAACCAACCCAUCACAUGCAAGGGUAAUCCAGUAGAGAUUGAUCCAUACACUUACGAGUCGUUAAAAGAGCCUAAUCUCUUUGCACUUGGACCACUGGUUGGUGACAACUUUAUCAGGUUUCUAAAAGGCGGUGCUCUUGCCAUAACCCGUUGUUUGGAGACGAGACAAAAGAAUAGACAUCGACUUGCCGAAAGUGAUGGUGUGUCCUAGAUACAGAAAAUUGCCCGUGCUUUUCUGUUGAAAUUCAUUCCCAUGUAUAAUAUAAGAGAUCUGUAGACCUGCAGAUUCCAUCAGUAUGUGUUUUUUGGCACAGUGCAAACUUCGUUUCUGGAUUCUUAUUCUUACGCAAAUGAAAAACCUAAUGUGCUGCUUUCUGUAGAAAGACCUGCUGUUUUGUAGUGGUAAACCCAAUUUAGUUUGUUCAUGAACAAACCUAUUUUGCAUAAUUACCAACAACUGGAUUUCUAGUGUAAAACUCACUUUUACAUUCAUAGUUUUUUAUUUUUUAUUUGGGGAACAUAAUUUUAGUUUGUUUGGGAUUUAGGUCAGAAUAUGCAUAUCAGAGCCCACAACACAUUAGAGGUUUUUUUUUUUUUUUUAAAUUGACAAGUGCAUUCUAGGAGUAACACUAACAGUAAAUAGUCUUCUAUGACUCCUUAAACAUGUACAUUUCAUUUUGUUACAUUACAGUCCGUUACCUUUAAGGGAGUAAUGAAAGUUUAUGACAAGUUCUCGUAAUGGUUUACAGUGUGUAUAUAAAGGUAUUAAUCAAAGUGCUCUUAUAAAGAUAUCCUGACAAUGUGAUACUUUUUGUAUUAAUACUAGAAUUUUGGUUUAAAAAAAAAACAAAACAAAAAACCCAAGCACUUAAUUGUACACUUUAGGAUUUUUUUAAAGUGCAAGGAGAUAGACUGCCCAGCUAACCUGUGCAUCAUACUCCAUCUAGAACCUACUGUGUGUAUUUAAAGUGCAUUGAUUUUAGCACUGAAUGUGGCACUUACAUACUUCAUACCUUUUCCUUGUAGGUAAUGUAAAGCCUGCACACGUUGUUGCCAUAAGAGUUCUGUUAAUAAAUACAGAACUUUAAAAUUUACUAAAUUUUAUCUUUUUCUUGCCCCCCUAUUGAUGUUACUGUUAUAUUGUACAUUGAUUUUUGAUUCCUACUUUACUUGCAUGGUGAUUGAGUAGGAAAUCACAUGUUUACUCUCAAACUCGCCUUUUUUGUUUUUUUGAUUCUUCAACAACAUUAUCACUUUUCAUCUAGAACAGUGGUUCUCAAACCAGUCCUCAAGACCCACCAACAGUCCAGGUUUUGUUAGUAUCUCCAUUGGCAUAAAACAGGGAAAUACAUAAAUCAUGGACUGUUGGUGGGCCAUGAGGACUGGUUUGAGAACCAUUGAUCUAGAACAAGCAUCCAGCGCUAUGGUUUCCUUGGCUCCCUCUCCGGUCUCCAAAAAAGAAAAAUACAUUAAAAAAAUUCACCAGCAGCAAUAUAUAUAUAUGUAUGUGUGUAAGUGGAAUAAUUUGGCAUUAUGGCUGCUAAAUACAAAGUAGUUGAAAACAAAUGUGAAAUAUUAUAUUCACUGUAAAAGCCUUUUUGUAGGGUAUAUUUAAGAGAAACCCAUCUAGGGUUUAGUUUUGGGUUCUGUUAAACCAGAGUCAAAAUAACUGCUUUGGCAUCGUGCCCACGGAAGCUAACGUUGUAUGUGCAUGUGUAGUAAGUACUAUGACUUGCUUCAUGGAAUGUAUGCAGUUUGGGGAACCAAAGACAUUGGGGUUCAGUGUUUUUAUUGCUAAGAUCUUGGUAAUGGGGAAAAAAAGAUUACUGCUCAAUUUAAGGCUAUCACUUGGCAUAUAUGUGCUUUUAUGUAACUAGGGUUUAAAUGUUUGUAUUAGGGAGUAACAAAUGAAUACAAUGAAAAUACAUUUAAUAGGUAACACACAUUAUCAGAUCACAUUCAUUGCAAGUAAUAUAAUAUCUUGGCACAAAAACUAUGAAAUUGGAUGGCAAAUCACAUUGUGCAUGCUUGCUUUGGAGUGUGUGGCAAAAACUUCCCCUAACUGAUAAAACUCAUAUAUAUUGAUCGAUUUAAAAAAACUAUAAAGCGCUAGGCCACUGAUGGUGAUAUAUGCGCCAAGCUAAGGGUGCUUAUCUGCCUUAUACCCUCACACAACUAUAUCUCCUACCUCGUGUCCCCUUUGUGUAAUAAAUAGCUUUUUCAUGGAACACUAAUUUUAAUUAACUGCUUUGAACUGGAUAACCGCUUUUAACAACAAAACAAUCAUUGUAGGGAGUUGUAGAUCUUGAUGCUUAAAUAUUGUCCCAUUGCAUACAGCAAUGAUUACCAUGGUAACCUUGGAAUCAAAUUUUUUUUCUUUUGUUAACUGUGUUCCAUGAUGCAUCAUGGGAAACUAGUUUACAGACCCUUUUUAGAGGUAAAGUUACCCAUCAAGUAUAUGAAAGCGUCUUUAUUUUAUUAAAAAAAAAUUUUUUCUGCCAACUUAGUUUAAACGGCCCAAGGACACUAUUGCAUGCUCCAUUUGUCUAUUCAGUUGGGUUUCCUCUAUAUAAAAAUAUGUAUCAAUAUGCUAGUAACAUUCAGUUUUACUGAACAGAAGCAUGGCGGAGCUUUUGAUCGGAUGUGGUCAUUGGAACGGGACCAUAUUGAUUUUUGGUGGCUAAACUAACAGUUUAUUAACUUGGAAAGUUGUGAUUUGAAAUUGUCAUGAUGCUUGUAGUCUGCACAUACAGUGAUAUUUGUUACAGCAGAUGUAAUCCCACCCCUGGCAGUGUCAUUACCAAGUCUGAAAUUAGGUCUUUGUUGGUUAAUGUCAAUUCUGUGCAUAUUUUAUGCAUGGAUAGUCAUUUGUUGGCUGAGAGUGCUCUGCUGAUGCUCUCAGCCAAUGAAUGAGCAGCAGGAUUGUCUUGGGUUUCUGCAGCUCUGCAUAAGCUGGACACGGUUUGAGAUGUCAUUGUGGGGCCCAGGUAAGAAGGCAAACCAUUGCAAAACUGUUUGCCCCAAUACAGUUCCACGGCACUUCUAACAUUAUAACCACGGCAGACCUCUGUAACCGUUCACAAUAUGGCAGAUUAUAGGGAUCCUAUAGACCCUUAGACCGCUUCCUUUUGAUUAAAGUGGUUUGGGUGCAGUGUCCCUGUCCCCUUAACAUUUUAGGGUUAAAAGUGCCCCUACUGGAUGUCUACCAGUCAGCCACUAGAAAUGCUUCCUGCAGUUUCACAUAGUUUGACUUACUGAAACGACGCUGGAUGUCCUCACACUUUGCACGAAGACAGCCAGGGUCUUGCAAAAUCCUAUAGGAAAGCAUGGGAAAGGCCUAAUGCGCAUUAGGUUCCCACUUGCAAUGUCGGAGGAGAUUGAGCCAGGGCACAGGGACUUUGGUGCUGGAAUCGAGUAACUGUUUAAAGGGGUUUUAAAUCUGUGGUUGCCAGGGGGAGGUGAAAGACUGCAGACGGACACUAUAGUGUUAAUACAUCUUUUUAUCCCUAAAACUAUAGUGUUCCUUUAAGACUCUCAAAAAAUACAACCAGCACUUUGCAGAUGAACAGACAGACUGAAUGGUCGACCAGCAACAAUUUUUCUUUGUUCCAAUUUUAAGUUGUAAACCAAACAAAGCUGGAUCACGAGGAUAAGGUGAGUGAGGAGAUGGAUUAUUGAUUUAAAUCCGAACAGCCCAUGGGAUAUUGUGGGUGGUAGGAGAAUUAACCAAUAUCGGUACGAUUUUGAUUAUUCCACCAUUAAAACACAUUUCCACUGAAUUCUUACAGGCAUCUCCGCCACCAUGACUAUUUAAAGACAACUUGAAGAACUUUUUUUAUAUUGAUUGAUUGAUAUCUAUUUACAUGGCUUACAUUUUUACAGCACUUUGUAUGCAUGCAUGUUAUCAUACUUUUUUUUUUUUUUUUUUUAUAGCAGAGCACCACCUAUUAACACCAACUGCUAACUUAAUUUAAAGCUUAACAAAUUGGAUUUUUUGUGGUUUAUUAUCCAAUAAAGAUUUUGCAGAACGUCUACUGUCUCAAAAUAGCUAAAUGGGGAAAGGCUCACCAACUUUUGACAUAAAAUUUGUAACUUCCUUAAUUCUCCACAAUUCCCAGUUUACUAAAUAAAACCACUCAACUUUGUUCCAUCAUACACACGUCUGUCUGAUCUUCAACAUUUUUGCUCAUAGGAGGCACAAGUAUUUUUUUUUCUUUGAUUUAAUAAUGGUUUUAAAAUUAGACCUUUUUAGUUUAGAUCUCUGUGCAUUUCAAUUGUCAAAACGGUAUUUUACUUCAAGAAUGUCGAGGGGAUUCCACAACUGGACUGUGUCACUAUGCCCCCUCUGUGUGAUCUAUGAUUUCAGAAGGCUGUAAUUCUGACAUUGCCAGGGUUAUUUAUUAAAGGGAGAAUGUUAAGUGAAUUUCAAAUUUAAGGACAGAAUAGAAACAUGAAAACAGAAUCGAUUUCUAAUCCAGCUCUUUUUCUUUUCAAAGUGCUGUCUAUUCUCAUUUUAGUGAUAGCCCAUGUGUGUGUCAUAAAGCAAUAUCUCUAAUAUUGCCUUGAAGUCUGUGUCCCUUGUAAUUUGAUUGCAUGUGGACUCCUCUGCGUUGAAACCCACUACCAACCUCUGUAAUCGUGCGAACUGGUCAAAAUUAAUUUCCCCACCUCGAGUCUGACUGAAUUACUACUUACAUAUUGGCAGGGUUUUUACGCACACUUGCACUUUUCUAACUCUGUAGCAAACGUCCGUUUUUGUAACUUUAGACUCCCAAACAACUAUUACCAAUGAGUUCAAUGCUAUAAUGGUUUCUUUGUGAAACGUCCAUGUUAUGGUCACAAAAUGUUGUCAAUCCUUUGUAAGUAGAAUUGAAUAAUCUGUUAAGAUGCUGUUUGUGACAAUUUGCUGUGCAAAAUAUGGUGGUUGAGAUUCAAAUUUAUAUUAUGCAACAUAAAAUUCAUAUGAAGAAUAAACUCUAAUUAUGAAAUGUU